GAAUUCCAAGAAUCAAUACGCCUCUUAAGACUUGUCUCCCUACCCUCAGCAAGCGACAGCUAAUUGCUUUCCGCCAAGCUGUCAUGUCAGACGAAGUUCAAUACCCUACAGGCUUCGGCCUAGCGGACAUAGUGUCGUGGGGUAUUAUAGGCAUGGUAUGCCUCCACAAAUCCUCCCAGACCGUCGUAAAGUCCCCGCAUGACGAGAAAAACAAUGACUUCAUCACCACUGAGAAGAAGAUAUACGAGCGAGUCGAACACUCUGGUGGACACCCUGGCCUUCUCCGUUACUACGGUCCGUACGAUGAAUUUUGCAUCCGCCUUGAAUACGCGCCUCACGGCCAACUGCACUCGUUCCUGUUAAAGAACGCAAGCAUGAGUACUAGCCAACGUCUUCGCUGGAUCGUACAAAUCACUGAAGCGCUGAGCUUCGUGCAUCGAGUAGGAGUCGUUCAUGGAGAUCUGACCUGCAGCAAUGUUUUACUGGACGCAGAUAUGAACGCGAAACUGGCUGACUUCUCCGGCUCCUCUCUAGAUGGCUCACCUCUGCUUGUUGUUGUCACGCCCAGCCACGCAUAUCCUGGGGAGAAGAAUUCAACCAAAGCGCAUCUAUUCGCGCUUGGGUCAUUGAUAUACCAGAUCAUGACUGGCUUUGCGCCGUACAAUGAUCUAUCCGAAGAAGAAACUGAGUCUAAAUAUCUGAAGGGCGAGUUUCCAGCUACGAAGUCUCUUGGAGAAGUCGGAAACAUUAUCAGCAAAUGCUGGCGAUGCGAUUAUAAUACUGCUGACGUUGUUGCGAGAGAUCUAAGAGUUAUGGAUUUUCAAACAACUUGAUCAUCUCCGGCGCCACAAAGACGAUCCUCAGCCUUGCCACUGCACUCUGCAAUGACUGUGUGAAGAUAUAAUACUAUCUUCUACCCUUCCUGCGUGCUUCAGCACAGUAGUGUGGAACGACUCUGGGAACGGCCAGGAACCAUGCCAAUCGGUGCUCGCUAAUAGCGGACUUGAGAGGUAUAUUUCCUCUUUGAAUGCU